AUGCGGGCUCCCGAAUCCCUCCCGGCAGUAAAGAUUUUGCACACCACCUCAAAGAAGAGCAGUGGGAGGUUUUACAUGUCAGAGAUAAUCAACGCUUUGCCAAAGCUGAAUGUUGUUCUGUGUGGAAAUGACAGCAGAUUAAAAUCUUCAGUUUCAAGCCUGAUCCUGAAUCAGAGUGAGAGAAGAUCAGAGCCAGAAGAUGAAGAGAUAAGAAGCUCAGAUUGUGUGAGGUUAAAUGGUAAAGUGUGUGGACAUCUGAUGACUCUGGUGAAGCUACCAGCUCUGUUUAACCCUCAACUCUCAGAUGAAGAAAUAAUGCGUCAGGCUCUCAGCUGUGUGUCUCUCUGUGAUCCUGGAGUUCAUGUGUUUCUCUUCAUUAUUGAUGAUGGUCCACUGACUGAUGAAGAUAAAGCAGAAACAGAGAAGAUUCAGAGAAUAUUCAGCUCAAGAAUCAACAAACACACCAUGAUCCUCAUAAUCCAGAAAUCAGAGAACAGAACAGCAGAACUAAAUGAAGAAAUGAAGUCUGUAGUUGAGAGUUUUGGAGGAAGACAUGACUUUAUCUGUCUUAACACACAAGUGUUCAUGUUGAUGGAGAAACUGAUGCAGAUGAUGGAAGAAAACAACAGAAGCUUUUACUCCACAGAAACAUUUUGGGAUGCACAGCUGGAGAAACUUCUUAAAUUUGAAGAGAUGAAGAAGAAACGGAUUCCGACACAGGAUGUUAGAGAUGGUUCAGAUGAUGUGAGGAUUGUCCUGCUGGGAAAAACUGGAGCUGGGAAAAGUGCAACAGGAAACACAAUCUUAGGGAGAAAUACAUUUAAAUCAGUCACAUCACAAGGGUCCAUUACUAAAGAGUGUCAGAGAGAAACAGCUGAAGUUAACGGCAGACGCAUCACUGUGAUUGAUACUCCAGGACUGUUUGAUACUGAACUGAGUCAUGAAGAGAUUCAAAGAGAAAUGACCGAAUGUAUCUCAAUGACACUGCCAGGACCUCAUGUGUUUAUUAUUGUACUGAGUUUAGCUCAACGCUUCACAAAAGAGGAGGAAGAAUCAGUGAAGAUCAUUCAAGAGACUUUUGGUGAAAACUCUUUAAUGUACACCAUGAUACUCUUCACCAGAGAAGAGGAGCUUGAAGAUAAAACCAUUGAAGAGUACUUGGGAAACUCAAAAUCUGCCUUAAUGAACAUCACUGAACAGUGUGGAAACAGAUAUCAUGUGUUUAAUAAUAAAAAUAGAGAUCACACACAAGUUUCUGUCCUGCUGGAGAAAAUAGACGACAUGGUGACAGCAAAUGGAGGGAGUUACUACUCAUCUAAAAUAUUCAGAGAGAUGGAGCAAGAAAAACAAGAACAACAAAUAAAGAUACUGAUGGAGAAAAUUGAACAACUGAGCAGAGAGAAAGAUGAGGAGAUAAAGACAAUGAAGAAGAUGAUAGAGGAAGAAAAACACAAUCAUGAGCAAGAGAGACAGAAAAGAGAAGAAGAAUUUAUAGAGAGAGAAGAAAGAUAUAAAAAAGAAAUGAAGGAGCAAGAAAAACAGCUGCGAGACGAGAUGAGAAGAGAACGAGAGACAUUAAAAAAUGAAAUGAAGGAAACAAAGAAAGAAAACAAAGAUCUCCAGAUCAAAUAUACGACAAAAGUAGACAAACUGAUGAAUACAAUAGAGACUGAACGACAGAAUCAUGAAAGAGAGAGAAAGAGAAGAGAAGAUGAGUUUAGAGAGACAGAAGAAAGAUAUAAAAGAGAAAUGAUGGAGCAAAAGAGACAGAUGGAAGAUGAGAUGAGAAGAGAAAGAGAGACAUUAAAAAAUGAAAUUGAGGAAAUAAAGAAAGAAAACAAAGAUCUCCAGAUAAUAUAUGACAAACAACUCAUGAAUACAAGAGAGAAUGAACGACUGAAUCAUGAGAGAGAGAUACAGAGAAAAGAUGAGUUUAAAGAGAAAGAAGAAAAAUAUGAAAGAGAAAUGAAAGAGCAAAAGAGACAGAUGGAAGAUGAGAAGAAAAUAGAACAAGAAAGAUAUGAGAGAGAGAAACAAGAUGAAAGAUUGAGAAAAGAAGAAGAAGAUAAGAAAAGAAAAGAGAAAGAACAAAUGAUGUUGGACCAGUAUGAGAAAAUUAAAAAAGAGAAAGAGAGAACAGAAAGAGAAAGAGAAGACCUUCAGUUAAAACACAACACAGAGAUAGAGAGAAUGAAGAAGAUGAUGGAGGAAGAAAGUCUUAAUCAACAUAGAGAGAAGAAAAACAAUGAAGAAAAAUACAGAGAAAAGAUGAAAGAAAUCGAGAUGACAAAAAAACAAGAACAACAGCAACUAAAGAGAAAACUUGAGGAAACACAGAAACAGAUGCAAGAUGAUGAAAGAAAGAGGGAGGAAGAGAAACAAAACUGGAGAGAAAAACAGAAGAUCCUUGAAAAAAUGAUCCAGAAUGAGAAACAUCUGAGAGAAGAAGCAAGAAAGAUUUAUGAAGAUAAAAUUCAUCUGAUUGAACAAAAGUGUGAAGAUAAACUCAUGAGAGUAAAAACAGAGGAGUAUGAAGAAGACAGAAGAAGAGAAAUAGAGAGAAUUAAAAUCUGCUGCUCUCAAACAGACUCAAGUCAUCUGAUAAUUGAACCAAAGAUCAGCAAACAGCUUGAUAAACUCUUCAGUAAAUUAAAUUUAACAAACAGACAUCAAGAUAAACUGAGAACAGAAGAUUUUCUUAAAAUCACAGAAUCUUCACUUCAGUCUCAAGAGCCACAGAGAGAAACUGAACUUGUAAACUCAUUCCUACUAAAACUGUUGAACAUGAACUACAGAGCAAGAGAAACUCACAUAAAACACAGAGAAGAUCAACAAACACCUGCAAACUACGACCCUGAAGUUGACUUUAAUAUUCAUGUGAUGGAUGUUCAGAUGGCUGUGUUUCAUUGUGCUGAUAGUUUCCUAAAGCAGCUGAUGGUCACUAAACUCUCACAGUGUCAGUUUGCUCUUCCUCUGCUUGUUCCUCAUCCAUUCACACAACAGAUUGAGUUUCCUCUCUGGACAUUCAGACAAAUCAACAAGAGCUGGAUGAUGAGAAAUAAUGACAAUGAGAUCAUCAGUGAAGUCCAGCCUGUGUACAAAGCAGAAACUCCAAUGGUGUCGUUCUUCAGGUUUGGCUCUUUGUCUUCAUCAAAGUCUCAGCUGAUAAACAGUUUGAUCAAUGAGAAACACAACACGUUCUUCCACAGAAACUGCUCAGGAAGCAGCAGAACCAGACUACUGAUGGAUGGCGUGGUGGAGAUCGCCUGGUACUGUCCCUCUGAAAAAAACACAGAUCAAUUUACUGACUGUGUUGCCUUCUGUGAUCUUCAUGGUGAUGCAGGAGACAAUGAGAAACAAUAUGAGAUUUUAACCAGUAUGUCUUCAGUUAAUGUCCUCUUCUUAUCUGAUUUUGGACAGAAGAACCAGUAUAAGGGUUUGGUGAAGUCACUCUUCAGAUCUCCUCAGCCUCUUAUUUGUCUCCUCACAGACAAUAACUGUGAUAAAACUAAACUGACAGAUGGAAAAUUCAUCUUUGGUCUUUUGAACAAAAAUCAAUCUGAUCUAUCUACUGAGAUAAGAGAGACAAUCAGAUUGAGUCUGAAACAGCACAAGAAGACUUUUAAACUGGAAGAUGUGGCUGAACACACAGGAAUUCAAGUAGAUGAGAAUAAUGAAGAGUGUCAGAGAGGAAAAGAUGUGGCGCUUCAGAUGAUGAGAUCACUGAAUGAUGAAGAUCCAUCAAAAGUUAAAGAAACAAAUCUGCCCUGUCAGGGGAAACUGUGGCACGACUGGUGUAAAAUAAACAAAGAGCUUCGUCAUCUAAGAGGAGAAAAUCUGGAAGAAGAUAAAAGCACCAAACUGAAACUAAUGAAGGAAAUAAGAGAAAAACAAAUGUCACAAGGAUCAACAGAGUUUAUGAGGAUAUUUUUUGAAGCACUGAGAUCACUGAAAACCAAUGAGAAGAAGUAUUUUCUGACAUGGAUGAUAAAUCUGUUGGAUGAGGGCACUUCUAAAAAUCUUUGUGAACUUCAUAAGGAGUUUGAUAUGAUAUGGAAUGAAGUUUCUGCUUUGAAACAAAAGCCAGAUAAACAAGACCAACUGCAGAUUAAACAAACAGAGCUCGAGAAAAUAUCAGAACAAAUCAAUAAAACAACCUUUGGCUUGGAACACUUUGUUAGAGAGCUCGGUCAGAUCUAUGAAUCAUGGUCAUCUAUGAAGAAAAACUAUUUCUCUGAUCUCCCGAGUCUUGCAGCAGAGAUGAUGAUCUCUGGAUUUCCACUGGAGUUGAUGGAUGGAGAUGCUGCUCAUGUUCCUCUCAUCUGGGUUAAAGCUGUUUUAGAUCAACUCAUCCAGAAACUGGGAGAUCAGAGAGUUUUUGUGCUGUCAGUUUUAGGGAUUCAGAGCUCUGGUAAAUCUACUUUACUCAAUGCUAUGUUUGGUCUUCAGUUUUCUGUCAGUGCUGGUCGAUGCACCAGAGGAGCUUUCAUGCAGCUGAUCAGAGUAUCAGAGGAGAUGAAACAACAGAUGAAGUUUGAUUAUAUUCUGGUUGUUGAUACUGAGGGUCUUCGUGCACCAGAACUGGAAGGUGGAAGGUCCUCAAGAAAUCAUGAUAAUGAAUUGGCCACAUUUGUUGUUGGUCUUGGAAAUCUGACAUUGAUCAACAUCAUGGGAGAAAACCCAUCUGAGAUGCAGGAAAUUCUCCAGAUUGUUGUCCAGGCCUUCAUGAGGAUGAAGAAAGUCCAUCUGAAUCCCAGCUGUAUGUUUGUACAUCAGAAUGUUUCAGACGUCACAGCUGGAGAUAAAAACAUGGUGGGAAGAAGACGACUGCAGGAGACACUGGAUGAGAUGACAAAACUCGCUGCUAAAGAAGAAGUCAGUGAUGCAGGAUAUUUCAAUGAUGUCAUUGCAUUUGAUGUUCAGAAAGAUGUGAAAUAUUUUGCUCAGCUGUGGGAGGGAAGUCCACCAAUGGCGCCACCAAACCCAACCUACUGUAAGAAUGUUCUGGAUCUGAAAAAAUCUAUUUUAACACAUGCUUCAAAAUCAAAUGGCAUAAUGCUGUCACACCUAAGAGGACGUAUUGAAGAUCUCUGGGAGGCUUUGCUGAAUGAACAGUUUGUGUUCAGUUUCAGAAAUUCCCUGGAAAUCACAACUUACAGGAGAAUAGAGACAGAAUACAGCAAGUGGAGCUGGAGCCUUCGAAGUGCAAUGCUGGACAUUGAAAACAAACUACACAACAGAAUAGAAAAUGAAGCAGUUCAUGAAGUUGAGGAUUCUGAUCUUCAAAACAAACUUCAUGUAAAAAGUGAAGAAGUGAAAAAGACAAUGUCAGAUUUCUUUGAGAAAGACAGAGAUACUGAAGUACUGAAUCAGUGGAAAACUUCAUUUAAAAUAAAAAUCAAAGAGCUUCAGGAAAACAUUGUGAUGGAGACAAAGAAGAAAUUAAAUCAGGUUCUUCAGCAGCGAGACAUGAAGAAAAAGAUUGAUGCUCAGAGGACACAACAUGAAAACCAUCUUUUUGAAAAGAGCAAAGAACUUGCCAUGAAACUAAAAGACAAAGCAAAUAAUGAAAAUAUCAUGAAAAAAGAGUUUGAUUCAUUUUGGAAAGAGCAGAUGGAAAAAAUCAUCAGAAGCACUCCUACAGUUAAAAACAUCAAUAUUUUAAAAGAUGUGACAGAUCUCCUCAGAAACAUCUAUCCAAGUAUCCCUAUAAACUAUGAGAACAUUAAUAUGUUCCAUGUGCUAAGCUAUUCAGUUUAUGUGAAGUUAAAGAAAUCAAAUUGGAAAACGGCAUCCAUCAAACAUGUCUGCAAAGAAGCUAAAGAGAUGUUGGGCUUUGGCUUUGUUUUAUCUCCAGAGGAUGAAGUUCAGAUAAGAAGAUUAAUCAAUGAAAUUGCUGAUGACACAGAUCAAAUGAUUCAGUCAUAUAACAUUGCAAAGAUGGGCUACAACAUCAGCUGCAUUCAACAACUCAUGGAUUACAUAAAGACAAAAAUAACUGAUCAUGAAGGAAAGCCAAAAGUGAAAUAUGCGUUCAAGAGAGAAUUCUUCAGGGAUUUGAUAGUUUGUAUUUGUCAGAGAGCAAACAAGACAUUUACUGAUCAACACAGAUUAUUCACUGAAGCAAAUAAUCCUGUUCUGUAUUUUAAAAGAAAGAAAGAAGAGUACUACAGGAUUUUCCAGAAAUACUGUAAAGGUGCAACAUCAGCUGCCAUUACUGCUAAAUGUAUUUGUAAUAAACUUAAAGAGACCAUUGAGCAGAAUGUCUACAAGAAAACAGCCAGAGAUUUAGCAGAUGAAAUGAAGACAAACUGUGAAUCACUGAAUGGAAACAGAUCAAAACUGGAGAAACACAUCCUGACAAUGUUGGCUAGAACAGAUAAUUUUCAAGCAUACAUGAACUACAUUGAGAAUCCCAGAGAUCACUUUAAAGAUUUCAUCAGAGGUGAAGUCAGUCAGUACAUCACUGAAAGAUUUCAUGAUAGUGUUCAACCUAAGAUGGAGAAAAACAUUACACAGCUGGAGCAGAAGAUCAUAAACGCAGCACAAGAGUCCACCAAACACAUUAAAGAGAUCAAUGGAGAUGUUCAUUCAUGGUUGACUCAUUUCACACAUCUGCUCUCUGAUGUUCUGGUUUUCUCUGUAAGUGACCUCACUGGAGUGAAUUUUACUGAUGUUGAAACCACUGUCUUGGAAGAUGUUAUAAUAAAAGAGAUUCCUUCUGUAAUGUCUGACAUCAGCAGUAGAUUUACUGAAGAAACAUUUCCAUUGAAGCUGAACAACAGAGACAGACCAGAUGAGAUUCUGAUUAAUCAUUUCUGUCGGUGCUGUUGGGUUCAAUGUCCUUUCUGUGCUGCCAUUUGCACCAACACCAUAGAAGACCAUGAUGGAGAUCACAGUGUCCCUUUCCAUCGUAAUAUUGGACUGAAUGGGUGGCAUUAUAAAGGAACAACAAACCUAGCUAUCAACAUCUGCACAUCAGCAGUAGCCAGUGAUCGAUCAUUUUAUCCAGACCCAAACUCAGAUGUUUUGUGCCUGUGGAAGGAAUACAGAAAAGGAGGUCCUAAAUAUGCUAAGUGGAGCAUCACCCCUGAUCUCUCUGAGCUGCCCUACUGGAAAUGGUUUGUGUGCAAAUUUCAGAAGAAUCUGGAAGAGUACUACAAGAAAACCUAUGAGGGGAGCGGAAAGAUUCCAGAUGAAUGGAGAAAAUACUCUGAUGUGGAUGCUAUUGAGAGUUUGGAUAAAUACAUUUCAUGA